CGGAUACCGAUCCGUGCGUGAGGUCACACAGCGCUGGUGAGCUUGGGGUGAUCGUGCCCUCCUCUCCUCUCUCCUUCCCCAUUCGCCGCCGUCUGCGUGUCUACUGUAGGCUACAACGCGAGAGGCUACUGUCAAAGCGGUGGGGGGGAACCAGACAUGUGCCUGCUGGUGAAUUAAACAAGAGAAACGCGAACAAGCCGAGGUUUGUUUUCAAACUCGCCCACGAUGGCGCUCACAGUGUUUGAUUAAAAACGCCACAGCGCUCCGUUUGGUGUGCGGACUUUCUUUUUGCGGACUUGAUUUACUUCGCCUUCUUAUCUCCCUUUUGGAUCGAGGUUUUUUUCGGGUUAUUCUGCUUGUGAACACGGCGGACAGGAUUACGCAUUACCAUGGAUACCUCCACUUUUUCCAUCAGCCUGUUACUCCUGGCCGCGAUGGGGUCCGUCUCCGUGGGAGAGUUCCCGACAGAACAAAUGAUCAAAGAAUGGGCGGACCAGAUGCAGAAGGACCUGAUCUCAUUAACGGACACAGCCAGCGGCAUGGACAGCCUGAUAGAGAGUUACCACAACCACAGAGAUCGCUUCAAGGUGGAGUCCAACAACCCCACCUAUCUGGUUGCCAAGGCAGCGGAGAACAUCGAGAAGCUGCUGUUAACACGCUCCCAGGCGCUAAAGAGACUGGCUUCAGAAGCAGAGAAAUAUCAGAUGGAGCACGAGUGGAGGGAUGAUUAUACGGAAGACGAAAUUAUUUACUACAACUCCAAAGAUGGCAUUAACCAGACGAAUAAACGCUUUGUACCAGACGACUUCCAGGACGACCCCGACUUCAAACGGAAGGUGUCCUACAACACCACCGCCGUGCACAUCCCCACGGACAUAUACAAUGGCUCCACCAUCGUGCUGAAUGAGCUGAACUGGACCGAGGCGUUGGAGGAUGUGUUCCGCAAGAACAAAGAGGAGGACCCCUCUCUGCUGUGGCAGGUGUUCGGCUCUGCCACCGGAUUGGCUCGCUUCUUCCCAGCGUCCCCCUGGAUGGACUCCAGUAAGACCCAGCAGAAGAUCGACCUGUACGACGUGCGCAGGCGGCCCUGGUACAUCCAGGGAGCAGCCUCCCCAAAGGACAUGCUGAUCCUGGUGGAUGCGAGCGGCAGCGUGUCAGGCCUCACCCUGAAGCUGAUCCGGACGUCGGUCAGCGAGAUGCUGGAGACGCUCUCUGACGACGACUACGUCAACGUGGUGUCUUUCCAUGAGACGGCCAAGGUGGCGGCGUGCUUCCAGAACCUGGUGCAGGCCAACGUCAGGAACAAGAAGAUCCUGAAGGUGGCCGUGCAGGGCAUCACCGCCAAGGGCAUCACCAACUACCGCGGGGGCUUCGAGAAGGCCUUCGAGCAGCUUGCCCUGAUGAACGCGUCCAGGGCUAACUGCAACAAGAUCAUCAUGCUCUUCACUGACGGAGGAGAGGAAAAGGCAACGGAGAUCUUUAACAAAUACAAUUCUGACAAGAAGGUGCGCAUCUUCACAUUCUCAGUCGGGCAGCACAACUACGACAAGGGACCAAUCCAGUCGAUGGCCUGCGAAAACAGAGGCUACUACUACGAGAUUCCAUCGAUAGGUGCCAUCAGAAUAAACACUCAGGAGUACCUGGAUGUUCUGGGACGGCCCAUGGUCAAGGCCGGCCAAAAGUCUAAGCAAGUGCAAUGGACUAACGUCUACCUGGAUGCCCUGGAACUGGGCCUGGUCAUCACCGGCACCCUGCCCGUCUUCAACAGGACCAACACCCGGGCGGACAAAGAGAGAGGCGUGAAGAAGCCCCAGAGCCAGCUGAUCCUGGGCGUGAUGGCCGUCGACGUCUCCCUGGAGGACAUCAAGAGGCUGACGCCGCGAUUCACCUUUGGACCCAACGGCUACUACUUUGCCAUCGACCCCAACGGCUACGUCCUGCUCCACCCCAACCUCCAGCCUAAGAACCCCAAGUUCCAGGAACCGGUGACGUUGGACUUCCUGGACGCUGAGCUCGAGGACGAGGUCAAAGUUGAGAUCAGGCAGAAGAUGAUUGACGGCGAGACGGGCGACCACAUGAUCAGCACACUGGUGAAGUCCCAGGAUGAGCGGUACAUCGACCGAGGCCUGAGAUCGUACACGUACGCGCCGGUCAAAGGCAGCGACUACAGCCUUGCCCUGGUGCUCCCGGGGUACAGUAUGCAUUACAUCCGUGCGGACAUCGGCGACACCAUCACCCAGGCCAAAUUCACUGAAAGUCUUCUGGCCUUUGAAGAGCAUGGCCACACAUUCAUAGCACCGAGAGACUACUGCAAGGACCUGAAGCCCCUGAAGAACAACACAGCGUUCCUGAAGGAGUUUCUGGACUACAUCGACAGGAAGACUCCCAACAACCCCAUGUGUAACGUGGAGCUUGUGAACCGGCUGCUGCUGGACGCCGGCAUCACUCACGGCCUGUCCCAGAUCUGGAAGGAGCGAGAGCUGCAACAUGGCGUCUUGGCCAGAUUUGUUGCCACCGACGGCGGGAUCACCCGAGUCUACCCCAAAAGCGCCGGUCAAUAUUGGACAGAGAAUGCGGAGACGUAUGAAUCCAGUUUUUACAAGAGGAACCUGGACAAUGAUCUGUACAUCUUCACUCCAACCCCCUGGAACCCUGCUGCCGCGUACGAGAACGGGACCGAGGAGGCCAUCCUGGUCAGCCGAGCUGUUGACCUCACCAUCGAUGACAUCACACUGAAACCAGCAGUGGUCGGGGUCAAGCUGGACAUCGGCGUCUGGAUGACCAGCUUCAUCAACACCACACAGAGGGCCAACUGCAAAGAUGAGAUCUGUGGCUGUCAGCGUAAUGCCGAGUACUUGGACUGUGUCAUUCUGGACGACGGGGGUUUCCUGGUGAUGUCCAACCAGGACAACUACAUGGAUCAGAUCGGGCGGUUCUUCGGGGUCAUGGACCCCACUCUGAUGCUGGACCUGGUCAACUCGUCGCUCUACACCUUCAACAAGACCUUCGACUACCAGAGUCUCUGUGACCCCGAGAAGGAGACGCGGGGAGCCGGCCCCCGAUCCGUCUACGUGCCCACCAUCGCAGACAUGUUGAACAUCGGCUGGUGGGCCACAGCUGCGACCUGGUCCAUCAUGCAGCAGAUGUUGGUCAGCCUCACCUUCCCAAACUUCAUGGAAGCAGCCGAUGUGGAGGAGGACCUGUCGGACUCCAUGUCCAAGGAGGGCUGCAUCACGCAACAGACCCAGUACUUCUUCGAGUCCAGCGAGCUGUCCUUCAAGGGGACGGUGGGCUGCGACAACUGCUCCCGGAUCUACCACGCGGAGAAGCUGCCCAGGACCAACCUGGUGUUCAUCAUCGCUGACGCCCGGCACACCUGCGUGCAGUGUGAGGGCAGCCCGCUGGUCCAAGACGAGCAGCCCUCCACCGGUCCGAACCCGUGUCUCCUGGCCAGGAACCCGCGCUACAGAAAGGGGCCCACCAACUGCUUCGACGACAACACCAGGGAGCAGGACUUCGGCUGCGGGGGGGCGGCGGCCCUGAGCCCCUCCCUGUGGACUCUGGUGGGGGUCCAGAUGCUCCUGCUGUGGACGAUGUCCGGUAACCGGAGCCCCGCCCACGUCCCCUCGUGACCCCUGACCUCUCCGGGUCACCCAAUACCUUAUGCCCCCCCCCCCUCAACGAUGAUAAUGACAACAACCAUGACAUGAUGAUGAUGAUGAAGAUUAAAUUGCUUUGCGGUGAAGAAGAUGAAGAGGCGGCUAAACGCUGCGAGUGCUGCUGGGUAAUCCCUCCCAGGCCAAGCUGUGUGCGUCUGUGUGUGUCUGUGUGCACUUGUGUGCGUCGAUAAGGGGAGAGGGUUGGGGGGGGGG